AUGAGCCCAGAGCCGGGACGCCUCCCGCGCCGCCUCCCACGCCCUCCCGUGCCGCCGCAGCCCACGGCCCCGAGCUGCCGCCGUGGUCUCGCGCCGCCGUCGAGCGCCCGACCGUCCACGCCCUCCCAUGGCCACCGCGGCCUCGCGCGCCGCCGCCACGCGCCUCCCGCGCCGCCUCCCACGCCUCCCGUGCCGCCGCAGGCCACGGCCCCGAGCUGCCGCCGAGGUCUCGCGCCGCCGUCGAGCGCCCGACCGUCCAUGCCCUCCCAUGGCCGCCGCGGCCUCGCGCGCCGCCGCCGCCACGGCCUCCCGCACCGCCCUCCCAGGCCCUCCCGUGCCGCCGCAGGCCACGGCCCCGAGCUGCCGCCAGGGUCUCGCACCGCGUCGCAAGCAUCCAUGGAGACUGGUUGA